AUGGCAUGUCCACCCACCACCAAUGCCUGCUUGCCCCUCUCCAUCCAUCCACCCAACCCUGCGACAUCCAUCCCAAGAAGAACAAAAAAGUUCUUGACCUCAUCUGCAUUCCUUGUUCUUAACACUCUUUACUCCGUACAUCCAAGUCGCGUUAUCACCUGCGCUUUCAUUGCCCUACCCUCCGUCAAAGUCUUACCCUGUGACGCCGGUGCCGGGGCGACCACCUCCGUAACCAUGGCUUCAGCAACGACGCAGUUCCCUUGCGCAAUGUUUGUCUCGUCCCGCCCUCACAUGACCAAAAAUAGCAUCUUCGCCACAAAAACAGACCUACCCUAUUCUCUCACUGCUCCGACGUCAACCAAAGAUAACCUCGAAGAGUAA